GCCUCCUCCUGACACGUCCGCACGACUCGGGGCGUGGCUUCCGGCGACGGGACGCGCUUUCCGGGAGAGUCCCUCGGCUCCCUUUCCUUCCGGGGCGGGACUUCCUGUGCAUCAUAGAUGCUGGGCUGUGGAGCUGGCUCCGCCCCCGGCGUCUCGUGACCAUGACGACCGCCCCGCGGGACUCAGUGGUGUGGAAACUUGCGGGACUGCUGCGGGAGUCCGGGGACGCCGUCCUGUCUGGCUGUAGCACACUGAGCCUGCUCACUGGCACGCUGCAGCAGCUGAACCGCAUAUUUGAGCUGUACCUGGGGCCAUGGGGCCCUGGCCAGACAGGCUUCGUGGCUCUGCCCUCCCACCCUGCCGACUCUCCCAUCAUCCUCCAGCUGCAGUUCCUCUUCGAUGUGCUGCAGAAAACGCUUUCCCUCAAGCUGGUCUAUGUUCCUGGUCCUGGCCUCCCAGGACCCAUCAAGAUUUUUCCCUUCAAGUCUCUUCGGCAGCUGGAGCUCCGAGGUGUCCCCCUCCACUGCCUGUAUGGACUCCGUGCCAUCUACUCGCAGCUGGAGACCCUGAUUUGCAGCAGGAGCAUCCAGGCUUUGGAGGAGCUGCUCUCGGCCUGUGGAGGUGACCUCUGCUCUGCCCUGCCCUGGCUGGCUCUGCUUUCCGCGGACUUCAGCUACAACGCACUGACUGCCUUAGACAGCUCCUUGCGCCUCCUGUCAGCCCUGCGCUUCUUGAACCUGAGCCACAAUCAAGUCCAGGACUGCAAGGGCUUCCUCCUGGAUUUGUCUGAGCUCUGCCAUCUGGACAUCUCCUAUAACCGCCUGCAUUUGGUGCCGAGAAUGGGACCCUCCGGGGCUGCUCUGGGGAUCUUGAUCCUGCGAGGCAAUGAGCUUCAGAGCCUGCGUGGCCUGGAGCAGCUGAGGAACCUGCGGCACCUGGAUGUGGCGUACAACCUGCUGGAAGGACACAGGGAGCUGUCGCCGCUGUGGCUGCUGACUGAGCUCCGCAAGCUCUACCUGGAGGGGAAUCCUCUGUGGUUCCACCCCGAGCACCGAGCCACCACUGUCCAGUACCUGUCACCGCGGGCCAGGGAUGCUGCUCCUGGUUUCCUUCUUGAUGGCCGGGUCUUGUCACCGAGGGACUUCCAGACCCCUGCUUCUUUGGGGCUUGGCCCGUCUGCCCCACCUGUGCCCUGGGUAGCAGGGAGUGUGACCGAAACCUCAGGUGGCCCUGAGCUGAGUGACAGCCUCUCCUCAGGGGGCAUUGUGACCCAGCCCCCACUUCGGAAGGUUAAGAGCCGAGUGCGCGUGAGGCGGGCCAGCAUCUCUGAGCCCAGCGACACAGACCCGGAGCCGCGGACUCUGGAGCCCUCCCCUGCCGAAUGGUUUGUGCAGCAGCACCGGGAGCUGGAGCUCCUGAACAGCUUCCGGGAGCGCUUUGGCUGUGACUGGCUGCAGUACCGGAGCCACCUGGAGACCUCUGGGAGCCCCGUUCCUGCUGCCUCCAGGACCGCCGCCCUCAGCACACCUCCUCUGGACUCCCCGGAUCCAGAGACGCUGUCCAGCACCCUGCCCAGCCUUCCGCCCGCAGAGAAGGGAGCCACAAGCCCCGAGGAGUCACCCCCAGAAAUGUCAGAGGAGGGCAGGUUGGGGGCAGAGCCGCAGGAGGAAGAGGAGGGGGCGGAACAGGAGGAAGAGGAGGAAGCAAAGGAGGAAGAGGAGCAGGCCCAGAAGGAAGUAGCAGUGGAGCUCUGCCGCCCCAUGCUGGUGUGUCCCCUGCAGGGGCCCGAGGGCGUGCGGGGCCGGGAGUGCUUUCUCCGGGUCACUGCUGCCCACCUGUUUGAGGUGGAACUCCAGGCGGCUCGAACCCUGGAACGGCUGGAGCUCCAGUGUCUGGAGGCCGCUGAGGUAGAGCCCGAGACGCCAAGCCAGCAAGAGCCAGAGCCCGAGGGCUCAGGCCUGCCCCCUGGGGCCCCCGUCCUCGUGCUGCACUUCUCCUACAUUUGCCCUGACCGGCGCUUGCGUCGCUAUGCGGUGCUGGAGCCCGAUGCUCACGUGGCUGCCCAGGAGCUGCUUGCCGUGCUGAGCCCAGUCGCUGGCAGAGCUCAGAAGCAGCUGGGGGAAGCCAGGGACCUGCGGGGGGGCAGAUUCCAGUGUCUGCGUUGUGGCCGUGAGUUCAAGCCCCACAGUGAGGAAGGCUGGAGGCCUCUGUUCCGAAUGACAGAAUCUCCUGCUGUGUGUCCACACUGUGGUAGUGACCAUGUGGUUCUUCUGGCUCUGUCUGGGACAACCCCUACCUGGGAGCAGGAGCAGGGAGAGCCGUCGCCGGUUCCCUCUCAGUCCUUGAGCCCUGUCUGUGACCCCUCUGGCCACGGCGACCACCUUGAUGGGGCUGACGGCGUCCCACCCCAGGCACCGAUCUCCCACACCCGCAGCAGCUGGAGCCUCAGCCCCCCCCUUGAGCGCUGUGGCCUGCGCUCCGUGGACCACCGGCUCCGGCUCUUCCUGGAUGUCGAGGUGUUCGGCGAUGCCCAGGAGGAGUUCCAAUGCUGCGUCAAGGUGCCCGUGGUGCUGGCCGGCCACACGGAAUUCCCGUGCCUCGUGGUCGUGUCUGAUCACAGGCUUUACCUGUUGAAAGUGACGGGGGAGAUCCGCGGGCCUCCGGCUGGCUGGCUGCAGCCGACCCUGGCCAUUCCGCUGCAGGAUCUGAGUGACCUAGAGCUGGGCCUGGCAGGACAGAGCCUGCGGCUGGAGUGGGCGGCUGGGGCGGGAGGCUGUGUGCUGCUGCCCCGAGAUGCCAGGCGUUGCCGGGUCUUCCUAGAGGAGCUCAUGGAUGUCCUGGGGUCUCUGCCCCCUACCCGGAGGAACUGCAUCAGCGCCAGGGAGGAGGAGGUGACCCCACAGCACCGGCUCUGGCCACUGCUAGGAAAAGACGCUUCGUUGGAGGCCCCCCAGUUCUUCUAUCUCCGGGCGUUCCUGGUGGAAGGCCCCUCUGUGUGCCCCGUGUCCCUGUUGCUGACUCUGUCCACCCUGUACCUGUUAGACGAGGAUGCGGCAGAGCCCCCUCUUCCAGCAGCUUCGGGUGAAGCCUCUGAGAAGGCCCCCGCAUCGGGGCUGGGCCCUUCCCUGCACGUCCGGGGGCAGCAGCCCCUGAGCAGCCUGAGCUCCGUGCUGCUCUACCGCACAGCCCCGGAGGCGCUGCGCCUGGUCUUCUACGAUGAGGUGUCGCGGCUGGAGAGCUUUUGGGCACUGCGUGUUGUGUGUCGGGAGCAGCUGACAGCCCUGCUGGCCUGGAUCCGGGAGCCCUGGGAGGAGUUGUUUUCCAUUGGACUACGGACGGUGACCCAAGAGGCCCUGGACCUUGACCGAUGACACUGCCUCUCUGGUCGUGACCUAGAGCGCGAGCCAAGCCACAGAUACUUCUCCUGAACUCUGCAUCUGGCUUCUGGACUCUGGCUGGAGACUUCUGUAGCCUCUGGGCGCUGGCCAGUGAGACACCAAGUGACCCGUGGUUAAGGGAAGGGCUAGAGAAAUGGUCUGGCCUCUGGCACUGCUGGCCCAUGGAGUCAGGCCAAGUGGUUGGUAGGAAUGUUUCUCCUGCACUUUUUCUCAGGUAUCAAUAAAGUUGUUUCAUUGCA